AUGAAUAUGAUGUCAUUUGAUGGAAUCAGAAAACGUAUUGGAUCUUCAUCCCGAGUGAGUGAUGCCGAAUCGAAGAAAAAUAAAAUUGGAGAGUUUGAGAACGAAACUGGAGAUAUGGAGGUAGGACCUAUAAUAAACCAAUUACUAUCUGCUUUACAAGAUGAUAGGGUUACCUACAUAAUAGCCAAUGCCUUGGCAAAAAUAAUAAGCCCCCAACUUAAAGAGACAAUCACCCAACUAGAAACAAAAGUUGUUAAACUAGAGGAUGACCUCCAUCAGAAAUCUGACCAAUUGUCUGAGUUGCAAGAUAAAUAUGGCGAGUUGGAACAAUAUGGAAGACGCGAGGGUAUCAGAAUUUCGGGAAUUGAAGAUACAGACUCCCUGGUUUAUGAUUUGAUGUAUUGUUCGUUUAAUUCAGGAUAA